ACAAUAUUAUAGUCGAGCAAGAGCAAGAGGAAGUCCUUUUCAACAAAUCUGCGUAUAAAUGUAUCAUAAACCGACCCAACCAUUACUGCGCUGCGAAACAGCGCUAUUUCGAUCCUUUCAUAGCACUGAGUCACAACUCCGGGAAAAUAACAAUCUUUAAGAAGCUUGUUUCACACCUCCUCGUUCCUGAUCAGUUGGUUUCGAGCUAUCAUGCCUCCGCUCUUCAAAAAACAGAGAACUGAAGAAAGCCAGAAGGACGUUCAACCAACUCCACUUGAAGAAAGCAAUGAAAAUUCUACGGAGGGACUUUUUGAAUUGAGGGGCUUCCACUCGAAGCUAUCUGGAGGAAGGAAAGUUGAUAUAAUUGCUAUCCACGGUCUCAAUGGCGAUCCAUACAAGACGUGGACAUCUGACAAUGUCAUCUGGUUCUCACAGCUGUUGCCCCAAUUCUUACUAGACUUCGACCUCAGAAUUUCAACCUUCGGUUAUAACUCAAGAGUGGCGUUUGGUGGCUCUUCAUUCCAAAUUCGGGACUAUGCAAUGCAAUUACUGGCUCAGCUUCAUUUGAAGCGGAAAAUUAGCAACACCACUGGAGUUCCGAUGGUCUUCUUAUGUCACAGUUUAGGAGGUAUUAUACUUAAGAAGUUCCUGAUAGUCGCUCAUGAGCGCAACUCCAUUUACAGUGAUAUCAACAUCUGUACUGCAGGUGUCAUGUUCAUGGGUACACCACAUAUAGGAUCUGAUGUAGCUAAAUGGACGCGGGUAAUCAGGAAUAUUGGGAAUUUUUGUACGUUUGGAUCCUUCCGUACCGAUUUGCUAAAGGGUCUAGAGAGCAAAUCCACGGAACUGGCUGAGAUCUCGGCACAAUUCGUCGAGCGUGGCAAAACCAUUCAGAUAAUAUCCGUCUAUGAAGGAAGACCUUUGCUCGCUAUAAUACCUGUGAUUGUUGAACGGGAGUCCGCACUUCUCAACGUCGCGAAUGAAAUGCCGCUACCCCUAGAUGCGGAUCAUCGUGAAAUAUGUCGCUUCUCAAACCCAAAUGAUCCCCGCUACAACGUGGUCGUUCUUGCUGUGGCAAACUUGAUUAAAAACAUAAUGGUUCUCGGAGGCUCAGAGCGCCAAGCCUGCCUCGAUGCCUUGUAUUUUGGACAUUAUAGAGAGCGACGAUUAAGGGUAUCUCAAGCCUAUCCUGGUACCCUUACUUGGAUUUGGAACCACCCUCAGUACCAACAAUGGGAGGAAAGCCCGUCCUCUACUCUUUUAUGGCUGCAAGGGAAGCCAGGAAGUGGCAAGUCUACUCUGGCUAACCACCUCCGAUCGCAGUUGAUUCACAGGUUGUUACACAUCCACGACGCACAAUGCCUAAUUGCAGAUUUUUUCUACAGCGCACGGGGUGGAGAUGAUCAACAAGGCCACAUAUGGAUGCUUCGGUCAAUCUUGUACCAAAUUCUUUUACGAGCUCCAGCACUAUGGGAAGACUAUCGCGAGGCAUUCGAAGGCUACAAGCAAUCUCAAGAAUGGAACAUUCCCUCGCUCCUCCAGAUAUUUUUAUCCCUGGGUACAAGAUACAAUCAAAAUGUCCCAUUACGAAUACACAUCAUUGUUGACGCCAUGGACGAAUCUGAAGAGGACAUGAGGCAGGAAACGAUAAAAAUGCUUCAUCGAGUCAGUAACCAGAACAUCAAUUCCAAUGUCGUAUUCAAAAUCUUCGUCGCUAGCAGACCUAAUCCUAAGAUUAGCUUUGCGUUACGAAAUUGUCGAUACAUGAAGCUAGAGGAUGAAAUAUUCAAUGACAUUGUUGAAUAUGUUCAAGGCGAGACAAAACGGAUUGCCGUGGAAGUUUUACAGUAUCCUCCCGAAGAUUUGCAAGUUGUAUCUCAGACAUUAAUAUUUCGAUCCAAAGGCGUAUUUCUGUGGGUGAAGUUGGUUCUUGCCGAGCUUGAAGAGCGAGCAAUCGAAGGGUUGUGCACCAUGGCAGAAAUCGAAGACUUGACAACAUCGAUACCAAUGGACCUAGAAGAUCUCUAUUGCAGGAUAGUAGAGGAAAUUGUCAAAAAGAAUGAAGCAGCAGUUCGAGAGUGCCAAACACUUCUAAGAUGGGUUGCAUACUCACCUCAGCCACUAGACGUGGAACAAAUACGCGAAAUCCUCGCAGUAAGCUUGUGCGACAACUCUGACCUUUCAGAGACUCAAAUUUCUCGACACAGAGUUAGAAAUGCUGAGGAAUUGAGGAAAAGAAUAGCAAGCAGAUGUGGAAACCUUCUGGAGGUGCGGCAUGGUGUUGUCCAAUUCGUCCAUCAAACUACCCGGGAAUAUAUGCUACAUAAGAUCAAACCAGCCGCGAUCCAGCUAGAAGAAUGGGCGAGCAAAAUCGAGAUUGGAAGAUUGUGUAAAAGGUAUCUGGAUUACUUCAACUUGACAAUUGACGCGGUCAGGACUUCGUCAAAUUUAUCCCGAACUGGUGUUGGGUGGGCAUCUUCGGACCUUAAGAGAUACGUUGCUCUUAUAGAAUUUCGGCAGCCAGUCCUGGUACCUUUUUGCUUGGAUUCAUAUCGAUUGUAUGUGGAACAACAUACUACGCCUUCGUUGGAAUUGAAAGAAGUCACCCGGGAUUUUCUUACGACCCUAGAGUCAACCUACCAGUUGCUAGACGGUGCUACUCUGGCAUCUCUAAUCCAUGGUGAUGAUGCGUCUCUCAGAACGAUUAUUCGAGCCCCAGAGCAGGUCAAUCGUCUCAUUCCGAUUCCGGCAGAUCUCCAAAGCAUGAUCCAUUUAAGGGCCGAAUCUUUCCCUGGGUCAUCAAGAACUCGUUAUUGGUCUCCAUUACAAUUUGCUGUGUGCUUGAAAUUCAAGGCAGACCAUGCAAUCAAAAUUCUCCUAAGGCUUGGAGCAGAUCCAAACUUUAGUGAUGAGACUGGCCAGACCCCUCUUUUCCAAGCGGUGGAAAUGGGCAGUAGCGUGUUAUCAUACACUCUUAUUAGCACGACAAUGAGAUGCUCGUUCGACGAUGCAGAUGGGGCAGAUCCAGAAGAUAUAUUUCAGAAUGAACCAUCUGCCCAUGGUACCGAUUAUGACGAAGUGGAUUUCUUUCCUCAUUAUCCUUGGGCUCAAUCCACUCACCCAGCUCGUGCUCGUCCUCGCCCGAAACCACCACUAUUGUCUGCAGAUCCUAUGAUUUCCGAUCAUGCAGGAAGGAGUCCGCUAUCCAUAGCUCUUGAAAACCAUCACUACGAAAUUGCUAGGGGUCUUCUAGUUCGGGCUCAAAGAAGAGGUUUCGUCACAGCUGCGACCAAGGGUUUAAGUGUCCAUAACUAUCUUUACAACGCUUGCCAGACGGGCAAUGCGAGGGCGUUCGAUAUUCUCGCGGACUUCACAACUAAUUGGAAUUUCCAAGACGACGACAGGAGAACACUGAUGCAUGUUGCCGCAGCCAACGGACAUCAGGAGAUAGUUUUCAGACUUGUACUCCGCACUUGCCUUAACCUGGACUGGACGGACAAGGAGGGCCUGACAGCUUUAGAAUUAGCGGUGCUCAAUCAACAUCAAAAUAUAGCAAAGAUUCUGCGGGAGAAGGGAACGACUGACUCUAAGAAUCGAAGAGUCUCAGUAAGACACCAAAUGGAUUGUACCUAGG